UGCGAGUCCACUCAUUGAUGAGGUCAUGAUAAGGGUGUCACGAGUAGAGCAACCAGGAUAGUUGCAGGACAGGAUUUGCUCGAAUUAGUCGCCCCAAGGGCGGUCUUGUGCAGGCCCAAUGUUGACAAAAUUUGAGACAAAGUCCAAUCGGGUGAAGGGUCUCUCCUUCCAUCCAAAGAGGCCAUGGAUUCUGGCGUCAUUGCACAGCGGGGUUAUACAGCUAUGGGACUAUCGCAUGGGAACGCUGAUAGACCGAUUUGACGAGCACGAUGGACCGGUUCGUGGGGUGCAUUUUCACAAGUCUCAGCCUUUGUUUGUGUCUGGUGGUGACGAUUACAAGAUAAAGGUGUGGAACUACAAGCUUCGACGAUGUCUUUUCACGCUACUGGGGCAUCUGGACUACAUCCGUACAGUGCAGUUCCAUCAGGAGUACCCCUGGGUGGUCUCUGCCAGCGACGACCAGACGAUCAGGAUAUGGAACUGGCAGAGUCGGACCUGCAUCAGUGUGUUGACAGGGCACAACCACUAUGUGAUGUCCGCCUGCUUCCAUCCAAAGGACGAUUUGGUGGUGUCUGCCAGCCUGGACCAGACUGUGCGUGUUUGGGACAUCAGCGGCCUCAGGAAAAAGACUGUCGCCCCCGGAGGCGAGGACAUGCUGCGGCUGCCACAGAUGAACUCGGAUCUUUUUGGUGGCGGGGAUGCUGUGGUGAAGUAUGUGCUGGAGGGACAUGACCGGGGCGUCAAUUGGGCGGCGUUCCACCCGACACUGCCGCUCAUCGUGUCAGGCGCAGACGACCGGCAGGUCAAGCUUUGGCGGAUGAAUGAUACAAAGGCGUGGGAGGUGGACACCUUGAGAGGGCACGUGAACAAUGUCUCCUGCGUCAUGUUCCAUGCACGGCAGGACAUCAUUGUGUCCAAUUCGGAGGACAAGAGCAUCCGCGUGUGGGACAUGUCCAAGCGCACGGGCGUGCAGACCUUCAGGCGCGAGCACGACCGCUUCUGGAUCAUGGCCGCGCACUCCGAAGUCAACCUGCUGGCUGCAGGCCACGACAGCGGCAUGAUUGUGUUCAAGCUUGAGAGGGAACGCCCAGCGUAUGCGACGCACGGGGAGACGCUGUUCUAUGUCAAGGAGCGUCACCUGCGUUCGUAUGACUACACCAACCAGCGCGACAGCCCCCUCAUCUCGAUCCGCCGCAUCGGCAGCUCUGGCACCAACUCUGGGCCGCGCACGCUGAGCUACAAUCCGGCAGAAAACGCCGUGCUGCUGACCUCGGACGUGGACGGCGGCUCCUACGAGCUCUACCUCAUCCCCAAGGACGCCAAUGGAGCUUCGGUGGUGAGCAGCACCCUCAGCGAACCAAAACGGGGCAUGGGCGGUUCGGCGGUGUUCAUAGCGCGCAACCGCUUCGCGGUGCUGGACAAGAGCUCCAACCAGCUGCUCAUCAAGAACCUGCAGAACGAGAUCACCAAGAAGUGCGCCGCCCCGGCCGGCGCCCCCACCGAUGCCAUCUUCUAUGCCGGCACCGGCACCCUGCUCUGCCGCUCCGAGGACAAGGUGGUGCUGUUUGAUGUGCAGCAGCGCACGUCGGUGGCAGACCUGAGCACGCCCUUCAUCAAGUACGUGGUGUGGUCGGGCGACAUGAACCACGUAGCGCUCCUGUCCAAGCACGCCAUCAUCAUCGCCAACAAGCGCCUUGGCCAGGCCUCCACCGUGCACGAGACGAUCCGGGUGAAGAGCGCGGCGUGGGACGACAGCGGGGUGCUGAUCUACACGACGCUGAACCACAUCAAGUACUGUCUGCCCAACGGCGACUCUGGCAUUAUCCGCACCCUGGACGUCCCCGUCUACAUCACCAAGGUCUUCGGCAACACCAUCUACUGCCUCGACCGCGACGGCAAGAACCGCCAGAUCGAGGUGGACACGACGGAGUAUGUGUUCAAGCUGGCGCUGCUGCAGCGCAAAUUCGACCAGGUGCUGGCCAUGAUCCGGGGCAGUCAGCUGUGCGGGCAGUCCAUCAUCGCCUACCUGCAGUCCAAGGGCUUCCCCGAGGUCGCGCUGCAUUUUGUGCAGGACGAGCGCACGCGCUUCAUGCUCGCCAUUGAGUGCGGCAACAUUGAGGUCGCCCUGCGCUCCGCCCAGGAGCUGGAUGACAAGGAGACGUGGCACCGGCUGGGAGUGGAGGCUCUGCGGCAGGGGAACCACCAGAUUGUGGAGUACAGCUACCAGAAGACCAAGAACUUUGAGCGCCUCUCCUUCCUCUACCUCAUCACUGGCAACCUGGAGAAGCUGGCCAAGAUGCUCAAGAUCAGCGAGAUGCGCAACGACGUUAUGGGCUCCUUCCACAAUGCCCUCUACCUUGGGGACAUCCGCGAGCGCAUCCGCAUCCUCGAGGAGGCCGGCCAAGGCGCGCUGGCGUACGUGACGGCGGCGACGCACGAUCUGGAGGAGGACGCGGCGCGGAUCGAGGAAUCGCUCGCACCCGAGCUGGUGGCGGAGCUGCGCGCGGGCCUGCAGCCGGACGCGCGCCUGCUGCUGCCGCCGCACCCCAUCCUCAAGGAGGACAACUGGCCCCUGCUCACCGUCUCCAAGGGCUUCUUCGAGUCCCUCGCCGCCGGCGAGGCGGGCAAGGGAGAUGUUGAGCUGGAGGACGAGGAUCUGGACGCGGGCGCAUGGGGCGAUCCGGACCUCGACCUGGAGCCGCACGAGGACGGCGACGCCAACGGAGAGGCCGACAUAGACCGCGCCGAGGGAGACGAGGACGAAGACGAGGAGGGCGGCUGGGAGAUGGAGGAUCUGGAGCUGCCGCCAGAGGUCAUGCAGCCGGUGGCGGUGGCGGCCGAGUCGGCGGCGUUUGCCGCGCCAAUGCCGGGAGUGCCGCCCUCGCAGCGCUGGCUGCAGAAGGGCAACCUGGCCGCCGACCACGUGGCAGCCGGCGCAUUUGACUCCGCCAUGCGCCUGCUCAACAGGCAAUUGGGCAUCGGCAACUUUGAGCCGCUGAAGGCGCACUUCUUGGAGGUGUUUAGCGGCGCGCAGGCGUCGCUGCCAGCCCUGCCGGGCAUCGGCGCGCUCCCGGUGGCCCUGGACCGCGGCUGGAACAGCGCCGACGAGCGCAAGCUGCCCACCAGCCCCGCCUUGCCGUACUCGCUGGGCAUGCUGGAGGAGAAGCUGAAGGCGAUGUACAAGUGUGUGACGGAGGGCAAGUUCAGCGAGGCCCUGCGCCAGGUCAACGUGCUGCUGGCGCUUAUCCCCCUCACCAUCGUGGACACGCGCCGCGAAGUCGACGAGGUCAAGGAGCUCAUUUCCAUCGCCAGGGAGUACAACAUUGGGCUGCGGUGCGAGAUGGAGCGCAAGGCGCUGGCGGAGGACCCCAAGCGCGCGGCUGAGCUGGCGGCCUACUUCACGCACGCCAAGAUGCAGCCGGGCCACGUGGUGCUCUCCCUGCGCUCCGCCAUGACCCAAUUCUACAAGCUUGAGAACUUUGCCACCGCCGCCAUCUUUGCGCGCCGCCUGCUCGAGAUGAACGCCCCCGCCAAGAUAGCGACGCAAGCGCGGCAGGUGCUGACGCUGUGCGAGCAGAAGGGCAGCGACAAGGUGCAGCUGGAGUACGACCCGCGCAACCCCUUCGACAUCUGCUCCCUCACCUUCACGCCCAUCUACAGGCAAGGCCUGAAGACAUUGGGGAACCAGUAUGUGGAGGACCCCUACACAAAGGCCAGAUUCCAGAUGGAGUGCUCUGGCAAGAUCAGCCCCGUGGGCAACCUGGCCAUCAUCGGCGCUGGCGCCUCUGGGCUCAUGUGCUCUCACACGCAGACCCGAUGAAAGGAGACAAUGCCAUUGAUGAAAGCGACUGCCUGAUUACAGCGGUCUGCUGUCUGCAACCUGGGCGCGCUCUGUGUUUGUUGCGGCAGCAAGCGUGUAGGCUUCUACUGAGAGUCGCAGUAAAGGCUAAGGUAGCUAUGGGUUAUCUUGACUUUGAGUGUGUUUAUGGGGAGUCUCUCUUGGCGCUUUCCAACAUCCUAUUCGAAUUCAGGCAAGCUGUGUGCUCAGGACCUAUGAGAGGACACAUAGAACACAGAUUGGCGUCCAGCCAGAGGCUCCUGGAUUGUCUGCAGUGUUGGCUGAUUUGCUCAUAUUCUAGUGUAAGGUCAUGCGAUACGAGUCCAUCUGAUCUAUCAUGAUCAGAUCCGAUCUGUCAGAGUCUGUCCAUCAUGAUCUAGAUCCGUUACAGAUUUUAAUUUGGAAUUGCUUGGGC